UGCUACUUAUUUACCUUUUAUACAGCUUUUUCUUACAAUUAGGGUUAAGAGCUAAGGAUGAUUAACGCUUUAUAGCGUCGAGGUACGGCGCAAAAAGACUAGGCUACUAUCAAUUAGUUAAAUACAUAAUAAUUAUAUUAAUACGUGGUCGGUCCGACCUGCGCUGCGCUUUGCCUCUUAUCAUAUGAAUGGAGGGGUUGUUAGAAGCGCUCGCGCACAGCGUUGAUCAUGUCAAGGGGGCUUACUCUCAGGACUUCACAUGAGGGUCUCGACUGAUUUUAAAUUGUUUUCUAACUUAAGAGUUCCUGUCUAAUUAAGCACGAGAGCGGAAGCUGUGGGGUUUACUUCAUCCAGUUAAUCAUCCAUCAGAUAAAGUUAAGGGAAAGCCUUGUUAGUCUUAAGGGCGGACAAAUAUUCAUUAUUUGUUUUUGUGGAAAGGCAUUAAUCAUUACAUGUAAACCUUGAACUACACCUACUCAAUUAUAUCUCCCCCACCCUAUGAAGCAAGACUUUGAUUUGGUUGUAUUAUUUACAACUCUACAAGAACAGACAAGAACAAACGUUUACUGGCAGGAUACGGUACACAGAUGCCACCUUCCUUCAAGUGACAUGAAUCUUCGGUGAGAGGAAAAGUGCAACGGCUUCAAUUCCUUUCGACUCCCCUCCUUCCCUCAGGAGCGAUGAGGCGCCUCCGAUCCCUGAUGGCCAUGGUUCUGCUCGGCGCUGUGUUCCUCGUCCUAGUCCUCUCCAACUGGCAGAUAGACACGGCUGAAGCGCGCCUUGCGGAUCAGGAGCCACUGUCUCCCGGCUCCUCUCGUCCGGACCCCCCCGGGAAGCUGGUCUGGAGGCCUAAGACUCCGGCUCCGUCUCAGGCUCAGACUCCGGCUCCGGCUAAGCUGGCGGCGGCGUCCAAGCACCCGGUCCUCAACGUCACGGUGUCAGACGACUUUCGGAAGUUCUUCCCCCACAACACGGCCUACUGGAGCCGACUGCUGCACGUCUUCCUGAGGCAGCACGAUCGAUCCCACGCCGUCACGCCCCCCGCGGAUUGGAACGAGUGCGAGGAGGCGAGCCUCGAGGUGCUGAAGACCAACGUGCACGACUUUGACGCCUACCCGGACUUGCACAAGAACUUCCUGCGCACGUGUCACUGCCGCAACCCCCCCCUGUUGAGGGAGCCCAAAAACUGCACCUCGGAAGGGAGCGGCCCCUUCCUCCUGCUGGCCAUCAAGUCGGCCCCAUCCAACUUCCAGCGGAGACAAGCGGUACGGGAGACUUGGGGGACGGAAGGCGUGUACCUGGGCGGGCUGAGUGUCCGCACCAUCUUCCUGCUCGGCAGCUCGUCGAACGUGGACCCCGACCUCUCCCCGCUGCUGGAGUACGAGGCCCGGCGGCACCAGGACGUGCUCCAGUGGGACUUCCACGAGUCCCUGUUCAACCUCACCCUCAAGUUCGACGCCUUCUUCAAGUGGACGUGGCGCAACUGCCGCGACGCGUCCUUCGUCUUCAGCGGCGACGACGACGUGUUUGUCAACACGCCCGCCAUCCUGGAGUACCUGCGGGCGCUGGCGCCGGAGCCGGCGUCGCGGCUCUACGUGGGCCAGGUGAUCAGCCCGGCCAGCCCCAUCCGGGACGCCAAGAGCAAGUACUACAUCCCGCCGUCGUACUACGAGGGCGGGUACCCGCCGUACGCCGGCGGCGGCGGCUUCCUCUUCUCGGGGGCCCUGCUGGGGCGCCUGGCGCAGCUGUCCAGCCUCAUCCCCCUGUUCCCCAUCGACGACGUCUACGUGGGCAUGUGCAUCCACGCGCUCGGCGUGGCGCCCGAGAAACACCCGGGCUUCCAGACGUUCGACGUGGCGGAGAGCAACCGGGAGAACAUGUGCGUUCACAAGGAGCUGAUGGUGAUCCACCGGCGCACGCCGCGCGAGGUGAAGCGCCUCUGGAAGGGCAUCCACAGCCCCUCGCUCACCUGCUGAGCGCCGUCGCGGAGGACACGAGUCUCUGCGACGGUGGUGCGAGGGCGGAUUGGCAGAUCUCACCGGUCGUUCGCCGCGGGACGCCGCAAGAGGGCGCGUCCAACCCUGAUGCAUCACCCGUUGUGGGGGGUGGAUAGCUGGAUACCCCUACAACACUUCCGUGGUGGACUUGACCACCUGUUGGGCUGGAUCGAUUCAACAUGCAACUGGGGGGGGACACUCCCACUGCCGACGUCACUGGCGGAUGGAUCGAUUUGAAAUGGCUUGCAAAGACUCAUUAUUUAUGUCCGUUGGAAAAGCCUCUGCAUCACAGAGGUGUACUAUAAACAUUACAACGGGAUGUACACUCCCAGGACUUUAUAGCAGGAUGCUGCCUUUACAAAGGCUGAAGGUCUAUGGUUAACUGAUAACAAGUAGAUCCAUAUCCACUGACAAAAUCGUCAAGGUUAGAAAAGGUUCCCCUUUUCUUGCAGUUUGAACCAGACCCGUUCAGCCUUUACAGAUAAAAACUUAAACCAGCUGUGAAAGGGCCGUUGUUGGGAAAAUGUAAGUUAUUUAAGCAAGUCUAUUACCUUUACUUCCAUCAGGGUUGUGUGAAACUUAUUGUCAAAUAAAAAGAAUGCUGGAAUCUUCCACUAUUUUUUUAUUAGCGUUUCAAACAGACAAACAUGUUUCGUUAACUUAUUUCACUGAAGACCAGACACUCAAGGAUGUGUUGUAACAGAAAUAAGGUUGAUAGUUUCUAUAAG